AUGUCGGAUAUUGCGGAUAACGCAGUCGUCGAUGGAGCACAGCGCGCUUAUCAUGCUAAGUGCGCAAUCGAUGGUGAACCAUGCAUACCGCAUCUCGGUCAGAAGCGGAGAAUACUUAUACCAAAUCGAGAUUCAAGGACGUUGGAAACCUACAUUGCAACCAUAAAGCAUGAAAACAGUCAGCCUGUACAAGCACACAACUGCACUCCAAUGCGGGGGAUUGUCAUCACGCAAGGUACAACAGGAACCACGCAUGUUGCCCUGAGGUUGGAAUUGUGUACCGAUCGAAUCAAGACAAGCUCUCGUAACAGUCUUGCUCACUCGCCAGCGCCUUUCCGCCCCCACCAUGACAUGCAGGUCGACCACAGGGUAGCAUUCACUGAAGACGGUGGAGAUCACGGACAAAAGACGUGCAGGUCGCAUGCAUCAAUCUCACACUCACAUAGUCUGGAGGACUAUCUGUACUUGCUCCGCACCAAAUCAGAUAUAGUGGAAGGAUCAAUACAUAAGCACGUACACACAACACAGAGAUAG